AUGAAGGAAUAUGUAAAAAAUAACUGGAAGAAAUUAGACAUACCGAACAUGAUUAUUGCAGGUAUGAUGUGUUCGAUCUACGAAAUAUUAUUUUAUUUUGUCAAUUCAGAUCCAUUAUAUGUACCACCAGAAGAUUCAAAUUCACAAUUUCCUUAUAGAUCUAGUACAGUUGCUUUUGAUAAAUUGAUGUUGUAUCAGUUCUUUAUAUAUUUCUUUUCAAUUAUUGCUGCCUAUCUUUUACAAAGAUUCUUUCCUAGAUUUUUCAGAAAAUUUAGACCAUUUACGCUAGCUUGGAAUAUAGUUACCAUUGAAUUUAGUACAGGUAUUAUUAUAUCUAUCUUCAAAAACUAUGUUGGAAGAGCAAGACCAAAUGUUUUCGAUAGCUGUAAUAGUACAAAUGUUAAUGGUGGCAAGUCGAAUUGUCCAAAAGCAAAAACAGAUGAAUAUUAUUAUGAAUCAUUCAGAAGUUGGCCAUCAGUUCAUUCGCAGAUGGGUGUUUCAGGAAUGACUGUUCUUGGUCUGUUUAUUCAAAGGUUAAUUAAAACAAAAAAUAUGUUUGGAAUUCUUAUAUCAUCAGCACCGAUUUUGUAUGGAUUCUAUGUUGGUGCUACGAUAAUCAGAGAUUUUAAACAUCAUCCAGAUGAUGUUCUUGCUGGUUUUGUUGUUGGAUUCGUUUGGGCUCUCAUUGGAUGGGAUAUCAUGAACGAUUCUAUAUUCAAAAAAUCGAAUAAUGACCAAUACUUUGACUAA